CUGCUCGCGAUUUCCUUUGGGCCAUUGCUGCCGUCGCAAUGUCCUCCCCCCUAUCUGCUGAAGAUGGUGAUAUCUUCGAGCGUCUCCAGCAACGGGCCGAUCCCAAGGUCCUAGAAGAACAGCAGGAGGCUAUCAACGAACGAGUCAAUGCAAUUUAUCAAAAGGCGCAAGCUCGUCUUGGAGAGCUUAUCGACCAGAACUCUACUUUACCUUGCUCAAUCUCAUCGAUUCAGGUUCUUAAUGCCAGUCAUACGCGCAGGGGCUUCCUCGAGCGAAUCUUCAAUCCAUUGUUGAGCACGCAUCAAAAACGACCCUAUACCCUCUCGGAAGCUCUACGGGAAGUCUCGGCACGUGCGGACAAGUUGGGCAGAUUCGACAUCUUCCAGCAGCCUAUCUCCGUAUACCUGGACCAGUCGCCUGAAGCCGAUCCGCAAACCGGUCUCACAAAUCUCGAUGUUUUCCUCACCGUGAAGGAGAAGUCUCGGGUCUUGCUCAAGACUGGUACUGAUUUGGGCAACGCAGAGGGAUCCGCUUAUGGUAAUCUGCUCUGGCGCAAUGUGUUUGGGGGUGCAGAAAACUUUAAUCUCAAUGCUUCCCUGGGAACUAGAACAAGGUCCGCAUACCAGGCCUCCUUCGACACCCCAGUUCUCAGCGACCCCGAUUUCCGGUUCGAGGUUGGUGGAAUUGCCAGCGCAACCCAGAAAUCCUGGGCCAGCCACGAAGAAGUAUUAAAGGGGGGCUGGAGCAAGCUCCGAUGGUUGAGUCAAUCGGGUCAUCGCCACGAACUCGGCUACAAUGGCUUCUGGAGACAGGUAACUGGUCUUGCCGAGAAUGCCUCGCCUACCGUCCGAGCAGAGGCAGGUGAUAGCGUGAAGAGCAGCGUUUUCCAUUCCUGGGUGCGGGACGAGAGAGACAAUUCGCUCCUUCCCUCUCGAGGCUACUACGCUAAGCUUUUCAACGAACUGGCGGGCUGGGGUCCUCUCAAGGGCGACGUUGCGUUCUGGAAGUCGGAAAUCGAGACGCAGAGCGCAAUCCCAAUUCCCAUCCCCGGUGUCAAAGGAGACAGCGGUAUCAGCUUCACUACUGGGUUUCGUGCCGGCCUUCUUUACCCCCUCGGUCUCGAUUCCGACUCCCGACCCCAGCUUUCUCGCCUCAAUGAUCGCUUCCAGCUCGGCGGCCCUACCGACGUCCGUGGUUUCCGCCUUUCCGGUCUAGGACCUCACGAUGGAGCGGACGCUGUUGGAGGAGAUGUGUACGCCGCGGGAAGCGCCAAUCUUCUCCUGCCUCUCCCGCGGGUGGGCGCCGAGAAACCGCUCCGACUACAAGCCUUUGUGAAUGGCGGACGGUUGUUGCCUCUACGAACGGCACAAAAGACCGCUCCCACCACCAGUGCAGAGGUCAAGGAAGCCAUGGUGUCUACCAUUUCGGAACUUGGCAACGGGCUCCCAAGCAUUGCAGCAGGUGUUGGACUAGUGUACGCGCACCCAGCUGCCAGGUUCGAGCUGAACUUCUCUCUCCCACUCGUCCUCCGCAAGGGCGAAGAGGGCAGGAAGGGCCUGCAACUUGGGAUCGGUAUUAAUUUCCUGUAGAAACACUCGGCUUUUUUUUUUUCGUGAGCAUUUUAAAUUAGACAGAGAGAGAGAGAGAGAGGUAUUUUUAUG